CUGAACCUUCGAAGGGAUUUUACUGUUAUUGUAUAUUGAAAGAGUAGAGACUAAUACUAGGACGAGCCACGUUGCUCGCAACAACUCACCAUCAUCCUACAAAAGGACACAAGCAAACACUAAGAAGAAAUCUAAAGCGUGGACUUGAAAUCGGUCGCAAUGAAGGAUGGGGACGAUGAGGAUGAAGACGACGCGGCCAUGCAGUAUAUGAUCCAACAAAGUCUGCUGGAGGCCAACCAAUGCAAACAAGUUCGCACAAGUACCGCAACAACACACAGCUCGAGGGGUGCAGACAGCAUCCCCGUAUUCACUGCGAUAAGGCAAGGCCGCGAGAAGCUGGUGGAGGAUCUGAGCGUCAACCACAAAGAGGUUUUCCGUCAGACGGACCCCCGAGGAUGGACGGCCCUCCACGAGGCUUCUGUCCAGAGCAACCAAACUAUCCUGGAGCUCACUUACGCAGUUUCAGGUGAUGACGCGGUGAAUCAGCGAACGAUGCGUGGCGAGACACCACUCUUCCUGGCUGUUGAGCGAGGCCUCGUGGCCAACGCUGACUUCCUACUCGGACACGGGGCCCGGCCCGAUACGCAGAAUCAGGAUCAGGACUCACCGCUGCACAUAGCGGUCCGUUCGGGUUGCGUGGACCUGGCCCGGCUACUGCUACGCGGGGGCGCGCCUGUCAACCAGGCGGGCCACCACAAUCGACGGCCCCUGCACGAGGCCUCGCGGCUGGGCAACGCGGAGAUGGCCAGCCUGCUGCUGGAGUCCGGGGCCGCGCCCGACGCGCGCAGCCGCUUCGGACUCACGCCGCUGGCUCUAGCCGCUCAGGCGGGACACCCGCAGGUGCUGGAGCUCCUCCUCAGGAAAGGAGCAGACGUGCUGUCUCAGGCUCAGGAUGAGGCGUCGGUGCUGUACGAGUCGUGCGCCAGCGGGGACGUGUCGUCGCCGACGCUGCUGCUGGAAUACGGCGCCGAUGCCAACGUGGCCAAGCAGAGCGGCCACCUGCCCAUCCACCGCGCCGCGCACAGGGGCCAUCUGCAAGUUCUGAUGCUGCUGAUUCCAGUAACUUCCGUGGAGGACAUUUACAACAGUGGAAUGAGCCCAUUGCAUUGUGCGGCUGCUGGGGGGCAUGCACACUGCAUCAAGGCCCUGCUGGACGCGGGUUUUGACCCCAACUACAUGUUGCAUCCGUGCGUGCGCCGAGGCUACGACGACGAGAGGAAGUCGGCGCUCUUCUUUGCCGUGUCCAAUAACGACGUCCCGUCAGCGCGCCUGCUCCUGGAGGCCGGCGCCAUGACCAACCAGGACCCCGUCAAGUGUCUGCAGGUGGCACUACGUCUCGGCAACUACGAGUUGAUCAAAACCUUGCUGCGGUACGGCGCCGACGUCAACUUUUACUCCAGAAUCAACACCACGCACUUCCCCUCGGCCCUGCAGUACGCGCUCAACGACGAGGUGGUGGUGAGGAUGCUGUGUAACUAUGGUUACCAAGUGGAGCGUUGCUUCGACUGUCCCCAUGGCAGCGGGUCACACGUCCCCGAGGACUACGAGGGCUGGAGCAACACUGUCAUCAAAGACACCAUGUUCUGCGAGGUGAUCACAGUGUCGUGGCUGAAGCAUCUGUCCAGUCACUUGGUGCGAAUUCUGCUGGACUACGUGGAUCACGUGACCCUGUGCAGCAAACUGAAGGCGGCUGUGAUGGAGCAGCAGCAGUGGGGCGACAUCUGCAGGCUGCAAGAGAACGCUCGCCGCCUGCAGCAUCUGUGCCGCCUGCGCAUCCGCAGCUGCCUGGGCCGCCUGCGUCUGCGCUCGCCCGUCUUCAUGAGCUUCCUGCCACUGCCGCCGCCGCUCAAGGACUACAUCCUCUACCGCGAGUACGACCUGCACGGCCAACUCGACAACAAACACACGUGAUUCAUCCAUUUGCUGCAAACCGCACGCAGUCACCCGUCUAUUUAAAUGCCCGGAUGAGGGCUUUCGAGAUAUCUCCUUUCGGUGUCAAUCACCCAAAAUGUCGUGUUUGUGGCAAAUUUGAAUGUCAACAGGUCGAAAUUCCAUUUUGCACCAAAUAGAAGGUGAUAAUGAGGGCUUUUCAUCUCUGUAACUAUUGUGUCAGCAAGUCCUCAUACGCAUACUGACCAAAAUAUGUAGUUUUGUGUCAAACUUGGCAACAGGGUUAUUAUUAUUUGCAUCAAAAGUAGUUGUACGACACAGAUUUCCAGAUCUAGAAAAUUUUGUCAAUACAGCAUACACUGACAAGAAAAUUGAUUUUUUUUUGCGGCGUGUGUCAAAUUUGAGCCGUAGCAGAGAUGAACAUCGACUUACAAUAAAGCAUGUGAUACCUUAACUUAAAUGCCACUGUGACAUUUUUCCAUUACUGAAGUCUGUUGUCAAUAUAUCACCACGCGAAGUAAUGACAAAAACAUAUUUUCCUCAAACUGACUUGUUGGGGAAAAAAAGUACACAUAUCGUUUUAUAUACGACACACCAUUUACAUUGUAAUAGACAUGGCUUUUUACUACCCCCCCCCCCCCCGCUGCAAAAAAAAAGGGGGGGACACACACCAAACCAUCUGUUAAAUUUUAAUCUCACUGUCACUGUUCUACCAAACUGUUUGGGUUUGUGACGGCUGUAGAAAAUAAAUGCAAGCAAUAGUCAUGA